CGGAAGUGAGGUAGUCGCGUUAUUGUCAUUAUGGAGGGGUCCGCAGCAGACGGCGUGUUAGCGCCUUUACCUGGACGAUGUGCUUUUUAUGUGGUAAAAAAGAAGCGAUACUGCAAGAUGAUUGUUGGAAGUGGGAAAACCUUCUGCGGGGAACAUGCUAAUGCUGGUGAAGAGAGUGAUAAAAAACGAAUACCCUGUCCUUUGGACCCCAAACACACUGUAUUUGAAGAUAAUUUGGCGAAACACCUGAAGAAAUGUAACUCUAAGGAGAAACCAAAACCUAUUUAUUACGUGAAAGACAUCAAUGCUGGUUCUGCAAGUGAAGAUGAAACCAUAGAGGAGAUAACCAUCGCCGAACGAUUUAAAGAGGAACUGGAUGAGCUGAUUGUGAAACUCAAAACUGCACUGAAAGGUAUGGAUUCGUACAUGUUUACCCGUUCCCUCAGGACUAGAUACCAAAAUGAGCCUCUAAAUGACCCAAAGAAUGGAGAUUCUGCCUUUAAACACCUCGAGCAACAGGCUUCGAUUCUUGGAAACAUGGAGGUUUUGGAACUGCUCUGCCCAAACAGAUGCUACAUUUGUUUGGAGUUUGGAGCAGGGAAGGGAAAACUGUCCCACUGGAUUCACAUCGCUCUUAAAGCAGCUGUAAAUGUGCAUUUUUUACUUGUGGAAAGGUCCAGUACUCGCUUUAAGGUAGAUGGCAAGCACAAAAAUGCAGGCUCAACUUUCGAUAGGCUUCAGGUUGAUAUUCAGCACCUUGAUUUACGGAAUGUCCCUCUUCUGAGAGAAAAAGGACUUACUGUUAUUGGUGUUGGGAAGCACCUGUGUGGUGCAGCAACUGAUCUGGCCCUUCGGUGUUUAUUUGAGCACAACUGCUCCGACGAAGAUGAUGAACCUCCAACCAAGCGUUUAAAACCCCAUCAGAAUGAGGGUGCUUGUGAUAAGCCUGUUCCCUCAACCGAAGGCAGGGAAACUGGUAAGAAGCUCAUAGUGUCAGGACUGCCUAUCGCUCUUUGCUGCCACCACCGUUGUGACUGGAGACACUACGUGGGAAAAGAGUUCUUCAGGCAGAAAGGUCUUGGACCGGAAGAGUUUGUGGCCUUUCAGCGCAUGUCGAGCUGGGCCACAUGUGGGAUGAGAAAAUUUGCCUCCAAGAUAACAGAAAAAACAAGCGAACAUAAAAGAGAUGGAGAGGAAGAACAUGAGAUGAGCGAGGAAGCUUUACCAGAUACCCUCAAAGGUUUGAUGUCAGUUGAAGAUCGGGAACAGAUCGGACGGCUUUGUAAACGUCUGAUUGACCAUGGCAGAUUGUAUUAUCUCCAGCAAAAAGGCUUUAAAACUAGCCUGAAAUACUACACAAGCAGAGACGUUUCAUUGGAGAAUGUGUUACUCACUGCCGUUCUCACAUCCAUUUAAAGUAGAAAUCUCAACAGCAUUUUAAAAACAAACAAACAAGUGCAGGACACAUAUGCUUCAUUUUAUUUCAUCAGUGUUUAUAGAUUUUUGAUUUUAGCUCAUCCACAAACAUUAGUUACGACAUACUAGCAGGAAGCAGCAACUCCAACAAACAGCAUAAAAGACAAAUUACAUUUAAAAGACGAGAAGUGCUCUUCAUAGAACUUGGCAUGAUGGACCGGAAGAUCAAGCCUGAAGGCGGACGAGCAGACAGAAGCCAGCAUGUUAAUUACAAAGACGAUGCUGUCUCUGACACGCCAUCCAACGUCACAUUUAGCACUGAUGCGAAAGUUUGGGAUCCUGCAAGAAACGUUAAAUGCAGAAAUUGGUCGUUAAUAGGCAUUCAAGGCUUUAAUUUCUUGUCUGUUUUAUUUAUGCAACAUUUUAUCAUAAAGUUCUGCUAACAGUU